AUGGAUGAAUUUGCCAGCCUUGCCAGUAUUACAGAUAUUAUAAAACCGAAAGGAUCAGCAGGAGUCGAAAGGGAGGAGCAUAAAUUAAUAGGAAGCUCAAAAAGCCAGGGACCGGCGACUUUCGAAGAUGCGAUUACAGCUACAGGUUUUGGGAAAUAUAAUUUUCUUCUACUGUUUUGCAUCAUCUUUCCAUGUGCCAUUCAAAUCGCCGAAACUACUGGGAUAUCUUACAUUUUGCCCAUAGCAGAAUGCGACUUGAAUCUUUCUCUCGAAGAUAAAGGGAUACUCAACGGAGUCACAUUCGCAGGAAUGAUUCUUAGUGGAUUGUUCUGGGGCUAUUUGAUAGACGCUUUGGGAAGAAAACAAAUUAUUGUAUACGGUUAUUUGACUACAGGAUUUUUCUCAUUAAUUGCGGCAUGCUCUUCCAAUAAGUUUCUACUGAUAAUAGCCAAAUUUGCUGCAGGUGUGGUACUGAACGGGCCAUUUUCUGCAUCAACCGCCCAUAUAGUAGAAUUCCAUUCUUCGAAAUACAGGGGGAAAAUUAACAUGAUAAGAGGAACAAUAACGAGUUUCGCCAACUUGCUUUUACCGGUGUUAGCUUGGUUAAUUUUACCGAGGAAGAUUGAUAUAUCUGUUUUUGGAAUUUUCGAGUUGCGAUCAUGGAACGUGUUCAUGUUAAUCACCGCAUUCGGACCCAUUAUAAGCGGUUGUUUGUACAGUUUUCUACCGGAUAGUCCAAAAUUUCUGAUGUCAAAUGGAAGAAAUAGAGAAGCAUUGGCUGUGAUGAAAAAAAUUUACGCAAUGAACACUGGAAAACCGGAAGAAACAUUCCCAAUUAAACAUUUAGCUGAAGAAACAAUUCAAAAUCUGGCCAGCACGAAAGAUUUGACAUUAGCAUUGAAAAGCGGCUACGCCGAAAUGAGAACCAUUUUCCAUCUGCCCCACGGUAAAAACUUAGCUUUAGUGAGUCUCAACGCGUUUUCGUUGGUGUUGAGCUUGAACACUAUAAGAUUAUGGCUUCCCGGCAUAUUUCAAUCUAUAAACGACUAUCAAAUGAACCACAACGGCAGCAGCAGCGACAUGUGCACCAUGUUGGACUUCAUGAAUGGCGCUGCAAACGUGUCUUCUACCGGAUCUUGCAAUGUGAAUUUAGAUAAUAUUUCCGUGUAUGUCAAUACCUUUAUGGUCGCAGCCGCAAGGAUUCUGGCUUUCUUCAUUGCCGGGAUGUUUGUGCAAAUGGUGGGAACGAAAAAAUUGACAAUUCUUUUAUGCUUCUUUUCCUCAACUUUACUGUUUUGUAUUUAUUUCGCAAAAAAUGCAUUGUUCGUCACCAUUUUAUCAGCCGCAGGUUCUGCAAUAGGAAGUGUGCCUGAAAUCUUACUUAUAACAAUGACUUUGGAACUAUUUCCUACAACAUUAAGAACUAUGGCAUUAUCGGUACAUUUGAUGGCAGGGCGUUUAGGCACGUUAAUUGGGAAUGUUACUUUUCCUUAUUUGGUGCAUUUAGGGUGCCUUCCUCCAUUCCUCUUUAUAGGGUUGUUUGGAUUCACUUGCGGCAUGUUAUCUUCCUUGUAUCCUAGUAUCGAGAACAAGCCUUUGGUGUAA